CGUUUGCAGAAGAAGAUCAAUAAACCCAAGAGCUUUCUUUUUCAUCUUCAUUCUUCUUCUUCGUCUUCUCUGCAAGCAAAACAAUGUCGUUGGGUGAGAGAGGAGGAUGGGAUAAGAGCGAAUCUAGAUAUUGUGGAGUGGAGACUGUCUUCGACGAUGAUAUGCCACAUCUUUUGUCCUACAAUCUCUCCACUGGUGCCUUCGAUUUCGUCGUUGCUACUUUGAUGGACCCUGUUUAUAGGCCAAGCUUGGUAGAAAGAGACGCUAGUGGUGGAUCAAAUGUUCUGCCAUUUGCAGCUUCUGACUUGGUUUUGAGGCCUUCCCAAUGGAGCAGUCAUGUUGUGGGUAUGAACUUUUCCAUUCACGUUUCUUGUUUAUCUUGAUGCUGGAGCAUGUGAUAGUUGCUAAAUGUGGCCAGUUGCAUUUUAGCUGAUUUAGGUGUGGGACUGUGGUGAAGAUGCUGGAGCCUGGAGCAUGUGUUGCACUAAAAAAUCCAAAUUAUUUCCCCAAGGAGAAAUCGUGAGGAAAACUAAAUGAAGUAGCAUAUACUGCUUUGCUACUGUAUUAUUCGUGUAUUAAAUAUAUCGAGACGGAUCAUUAAUUUUUUUUUUU